AACUGUUUGUGCGUCAUUUUGGUUCCUGGAAGUUUUCUAUCCGGGUCUCGUAGCACACAGAGAACGUGGAAUGUACAUCUAUAAUUGAUGGCCCACAAAUGUCGAGGGGGAGUGUGGCUUGAUUUUCAUUUAUUAAUAUCCCUAUAGGGAAAUGGCAGAGGACAGGCCAAAUCCCUGAUAUCAUCAGAUUAGAGGUUGUGAAUGGUUCUGUGGAUAGACUGUGUUUCCUCGUGUAAAAAAGAGUGCUGCUUUCGGAGUGGGCUAAUGGGUCGCGUGUAUUACUUCGUUCUGCUGACCAUUCUGUUGGUGGACAGCAUUCUGGCCUUUGAUUAUUACCUGACUGCAGCGGUUGUCGGUUAUAAAGGUUCCAAUCGGAUAAAAGAGUUUCGCCAAACCCUGCUGAGGCAGAACCAUGACAGCGGUUAUUGCAAGAUAGAGUUUUUACAGCUAGAUUACGACCAGUCGGAUGGAGAUGCGGUGUACAAUUCCCUUAGUACAGCCCGGCAGACGCUGAACAAUGAGUCAGUUGUUGCUGUACUUGGACCAUACAUCGAUGUCUUCACGUCCAUGGCCUACGUCAUAACCAAGCAAGCACAUCUCAUCACAGAAAGGUCCGAGAGUUCUGAGGCUUCUUCGAGAUCCCUCCCGAUUCUUCCAGACUCCGGUUCAUUAGCUUAUGCUGUGUCAAAAAUUAUUGCUGAUGCCAUGCAAUGGAAAAAUAAGAAUAUCGCCUUCUUGUCUCAGAACGACUUUUCUAUGGUACCAGAACUUAGUCGGAGGGACGUGAAGGUUUGGCCGAUCCGUCUACCUCCCUACAUUAAGUCUGAGGGGGAUAAGGAGCUAAUGCUGACCCUCACCAGUUUACGCAGUGCUCAAAGGACAAGGCUAGUCCUCCAUUCCAUGAACAGCUCUGUCGUCAAAUUCGUCAUCAAAGCAGCAGAAAAGUUACUCUUAUUUCACAGUUCCUUGAGCUGGUUCAUAACAUAUUUGGAUUUUGAGGAUAUAACCUCCAUCAUGAAUAGGACGGCUGAUAUUUAUGGUCUACAGCUGUUAGACAGAAACUCGUUACCAUCCACCGACACUAACGAUGCCUUGGGAGAUGCUGUUUUGAGUGACUCUGUGGCUCUGUUACGUCACUUCCUCCAAAACAAGUAUGACUGUUCAGAAGAACCCCAACAAGACGUCAGUAUGAAAGCUGGGGAAGUUAUGGAGUUUGUAAACGAGCUCUCCAGUGGAAAAAGCACACCUUACAUUGGUGCCCUGGGCCAGUAUGUGUGGACCAAUACUAGCGACAACACAGGCAAAAUGAGGACACAGUAUUCCUUUGGAAUUAUGGGAUAUAACGGAACAACUACGAAGAUAGGCAACUGUUCCUUUAUCGGGAAGAACGUAACGAUAUUGGACACUAAACUGAUGCCAGCCCCCGACAAAAGCUUGGAUAAGGUGUUGGCGGGCCAAAUGUUCACAGUCAUCACGCGUGUUGAACCUCCAUUUGUGCUGAAAACAGUGAGUGGUCAAUACGAGGGUUUUUCUGUUGACGUUCUGAAAGAGAUUGCGGAUAAGAUGAACUUCAAUUUCGAAAUAAAGGAACUGGACAGCUUUACAAACAACAAGAGCGAUGUAAACGCCGACUGGGACACCCUUAUAAAACAACUUAUUGUAGGGAAUGCAUCUAUGGCAAUUGGUUCCUUGGCGGUAAAGUCCAGCAGAGAAGAACAAAUAUCUUUCUCCUAUACAAUCAUCUCGUCGACCAUCAGCAUGCUCUCAAAACGACCAGUCAACUCACCCGUCCUCUUUCAGUUCCUGUGGCCAUUUAGCUGGCAGCUUUGGGUGGUUAUUAUUGCGUUCUAUGUAGUCGCAGGUGGAGCAUUAUGGGCCAUGAGCAGAUACGACGUCACUCAAAAUGGUUCAGAGCAACAAUUUAAUUUGAAAGAAAGCAUUUGGUACUCCGUCAAUCUUUUCCUUGGAGGGGGUACCGAGUAUUCGCCACAGACGACAUCGAUGAGGACCAUGGUGGCAUUUUUCUGGUUUUGUACGCUUGUGAUCACUGCUGCCUACACCGCUAACCUGGCAGCGUACUUGACGCUACAACAACAAGACACGCGCAUAAAGACCGUGGACAAACUCUCUAAACAGAUGACAGUUAAGUACGGUCUGCAGAAAAACAGCGACCUCAUGUACUUCUUCAAAGAUUCCUCCAUGGAUCCGUACGAACGAAUGUGGGCCACUAUCAAACUGGAGGAAGAAAUCCGACUAGUUCCGGAUAGAGAGACUGGUGUUAGAAUGGUUAAAAAUGACGUUAACGGAAGUGAUUUCGUAUUCCUUGAUUUGGCCAAAAUAAACGAGUACACGGCUUUACAGAGAUGUGACAUGGAAUCGUACGAUCAGAACUUCAAGGAAACCAAGUUCAGCAUGGGGUUUCCAGACGGCGCUCCGUACAAAGACGAUAUCAACAGAGCCAUUUUGAUUCUGAAAGAAAAGGGACGUCUUGAUGCUCUAAUCAACAAAUGGUGGGCCAUUCCGCAGACAAGAGAGUGCGCGGACUACGUCCGGCCAGAAGACAUGAAGAAGCCGACAGCGGAGCUGGACCUUGACAACAUGCUGGGGGUAUUCAUUGUCCUGAUGGCGUGUGUCAGUCUCUCUGUGAUCAUUGAGGUCUCCAAGAGAAUUAGGAUAAUCAUCAACGGACGGGGGAAGAAAGUCUGAGAAUCAUG